CUUGAAAAAGUUGGUGGAGUUCCGCUUGUAGAACAAGUCCCAGUUUUUCUGCGCGUCCUUUUCCAGCUUCAUCUGUUUGAACGCAGACACCAGAACCGGACCGCUGUCGUUUCCGGUCUGACCCUCUCCGGCGCUCGUGUGUGUCUCGAGGGUCAGUGGUGGACUUGGGACCGAAGACUCGGUGUCUCCCCCUGGGACACACUCCAGCGGUUCCUCCGACAUAUUUGAGCCGAGAGUGAGGCUCGAUUGCGGGGAAAGUCAAUUUCACGUCGCAUUAAACAUUAACGACGUGUUAAUAUCCACGUAUGGAGCAACUCCGACGAACAGAAACGCACCGCUCGCGCAACAUUCCGUUCGGGUCCGGUCCCUUAAAUCUUCCGAGUAAGUUAAUUAAACAAAGGAGAAUUCAUAUAUUUCUCUAUUAGACAUGGAACGUCUCUAUAAACGGUAGCUACUUCAACAAACAAUUUGUUGUUUAUUUCCUUUUACAGUCCGUUUGAGGGUAACCUUAGCUCACUGGAAGUGUCGGUCGGAAGGUUUUGAUGGACGGACGCCGGCGGAGCAGAGAGGAAGUUGAGAGGAACCGGAUGUUUUGCUAUCAUUAGCCACAGUGCUAAUAUCUUUCCAUCCUCCCAAUAGCCGGGGGUUUGAGGGGAACCACUCGAGGUCUGGUUGUUUAUGUCAGACUGUGCAGACAUGAACGGCGGAUCGAACCUGCUGCAUGACCAGGAGGAGCAUGUCCUGAAGCUCGGCGACAGUUUCGAGAAGAGACCCAAGUCUUCGUUCCACACUAUCCGGUAUGAUUUCAAACCGGCGUCUAUCGACACCAGCUGUGAGGGCGAGCUGCAGGUCGGCAGAGGAGACGAGGUGACCAUAACACUGCCCCACAUCCCGGGGUCCACUCCAGAGAUGACUGUGUUCAGGGGAAACAAGCGUCCGUACCAGAAGGACUGCGUUCUGAUCAUCAACCAUGACACAGGAGAAUUUGUUCUGGAGAAGUUGAGCAGUAGCAUCCAGGUGAAGAAGACCAGGGCGGAAGGCAGCAGUAAGAUCCAGGCUCGGAUGGAACAGCACACAGCUCGCUUUGCUCAGUCUGGGGCUCAGUUUCGAGCGCCCACCAAGCCGGCUGCCGGGGCCAAGACCUCCCCUUCAAAAGACGACCCCUCACCUGAGCCGCAGCUGGAUGACAUCAAGAGAGAGUUGAGAGCAGAGGUGGAGGUGAUCGAGCAGAUGAGCUCGUCUGACUCUGCGAGCACGUUGGGCAGCGGCGAUGAUGACGACAGCAGCAGCAGUGACCAAGAGCAGGCCGACACCCGGCCCCCAAGGGUACCUGCCAACGACCCUGCAGACCGGCCCACGCCCCCAAAAGAUCAGCUCAUUAACACACUGAGAAGUGACCUUCAACUCAGUGAGUCUGGCAGCGACAGUGACGACUGAGCUGCUGUUUCUGUGAAGAAUUUUCACACUUCAUGUGCAAUUUGCUCCUAUUGGUCCUGUUGCUGGGGAAGAGAGUCUCUCUGCAGUUGAGGAUUGUGGGUAUCUUUGUUUUCUACAUGUGUGACUGAGUGCAACGGUGCAGAUUCAAGACCAAGUGGGAUGUGAAAAAUGGUGUGUUUUACUGGUGUCAAGCAAAAUAAGCUAAUAAAACGUGAAAACCAAGUUUGUGGGGAAAUGUUUUGUUU